AUGGGAUCGAUUGACGGUAUUAAAGCGCUGGUGCUCCACGGUGCCAAGGAUCUGAGACUGGAAACCAGAGCGACACCCUUGCCGAAGCAGGGUGAGGUGCAAAUAUCCGUCAAGGCUACCGGACUGUGCGGCUCCGAUCUUCAUUACUACCAAUACGGCCGCAAUGGAAAUUAUGUGCUGAGGGCGCCAGUGGCACUGGGCCACGAGGCUUCCGGUGUUGUCACAGCAGUGCCAGACGGUGGAUCAGACCUGAAAGUUGGCGACCGAGUAGCGCUGGAAGUUGGCCUGCCGUGCCGCAAUUGCCAAGUGUGCUUGACCGGGAGGUACAACCUGUGCCCAAACCUGACCUUCAGAUCUUCGGCCAAGACGUUUCCUCACCUAGACGGCACUCUGCAGACCCUGCUCACUCAGCCAGCCAACAUGUGCCACAAGCUUCCCGAAAAUGUUACCUUUGAGCAGGGUGCACUCAUGGAGCCUCUAGCAGUGGUCCUGCAUGCCUUGAAUCGAAGUCAGAAUGCCGGUUCCGGUGCUAAUGUACCAUUGAUCGGCUCGACCGCCUUGGUCCUGGGUGCGGGAGCGGUGGGAAUGCUAACGGCUGCGAGCCUGUCGAUUGCUGGCGUAUCUAACAUUGUCAUCGCCGAUAUCGAUGAACCCAGAUUGAAAAUUGCUUCUCAGAUGGCGGGCGGUCGCUUCAAGCUGAAGACGUUCCUGAUCCCUAAGAAAGCACCACCUAAAGAUACCGACGAGGCAUUUGCAAACGCUGAGAGCCUAGCGACGGAAGCUGCUGCCUCGGCAGGGUUAGCCACUGGUUUCGACCGCGUGUACGAAUGCACCGGUGUGCCACCAUGCGUUCAACUCGGUAUUUACGCCGCAUCUCCUGGCGGCGUACUGGUACUUGUCGGCAUGGGCAACCCCGUACAGACACUACCAUUGGGAGCCGCUGCUCUUAGAGAAGUCGACAUUGUGGGAGUGUUCCGGUACGCGAAUUGCUACCCGGCAGCCAUUGCAUUGUUCGCUAGCGGUCAGUUGGACGGAGUCGCAGAGGCACUGGUGACGCAUCGAGUCCCUCUAGAGGACGGUGAGAGAGCCUUCAGAUUAGCUGCAAAUGCUGCCAAAGAUGGCGAGGACGAGGGUAGGGUACCGGUGAAAGUGUUGAUCACGUCUUGA